AUGGGCAAAUAUACCUUCACCUGGGAACACUCGGCCAAUGAGGUCUUCGUGACUGGCACCUUCGAUGACUGGAGGAAGACGGUCAAGCUAGAGAAGGAAGAUGGCAUCUUCAAGAAGACUGUCGAGCUGCCCAAAACCCACACCCAGUACAAGUUCGUUGUGAAUGGUAACUGGUGUACCAACGACAGCGCGCGCAAAGAAGACGACGGUCACGGCAUCAUCAACAACGUCCUCCUUCCCGAAGACAUCGUCGACGAGGAGCCCGUCAACACCAUGUCUUCUGCCGCGCCCGAGUCCACAACCGCUGCGCUAGCCGGUGCCGUGCCAAAGGAGAGCGAGAAGGAGGCCAAGACCAAUGCAUCCAACUCCCCUGUACCUGGCGCCUUCCCUGAGACACCCUACGCAGAGACACCUGGCAGCGAACCGCAGACCUUCAACGUCGCGCCCAUCCCCGCUACCUCAGGUCUCGGCAACCCCAUUAAGCUUGCGCCUGGCGAGCCCGUUCCUGAAGCGAGCACCCUUACAGAUAACACUGUAGACUCGACUGUCAAGCACGACAAGGAGCUUGAGCAGGAGCCAUCAGCACUCGGCAUCUCGCCGCUCCCGGCCACCGCAGGUGCUGGUAACCCCAUUCACCUUGCGCCUGGCGAGAAGGUGCCAGAUGCCAGCACCUUCACUUCCAAUACCGUCGACAGCACAGUCAACACCGACGCCUCAUCUUACGACAAGGCCGAUGCUCUUCCCCUACUCGCCUUCACCCCUCAAGCUGAGCGCGACGCUAAUGGUGGCAUGUUUGGCAUUCCUCCAGUCAUGGGCAACAUGAUUCCAGAGUCAAGCCUGCCAAUGGGUGUAGAUGCCAAGGUUGAGCAAGACACCGGUGUCACGAUUCAGUCCUCAGCCCCCCAGAGCACCACCGCCCAACUUGCCGGCCAGGUUCCCAAGGAGCCUCGCGGUGUCCCCGAGACCGUGACUGACAGCCAACAAGAGGCCCACGUUGACCCUGAGGCGUCCGCCAACCCAGAAGCCGUUCAGGACAAGAAGGAGGUCGAGCAGGAGUUGAAGGAGAAGGUAUCCGAAGCGCCUGCAGCCAGUGGAGAUGCUGGUCUGAGCGACACUGCCAAAGCGGCCGCUGCUACUGCUGCUGCAGGCGCCGCUGCUGGUGCGGGUCUCUUCACUGCGGCCGUCUACUCUGCCAAAGAGAAGGCCGCUGAGGCUACUAGCAUGACUGGUCCCAGCACCAGCACUGCCGACGAGGUUCCCUCCAUCGUCGCUGAGAGCCAGAACACAGCCCAUGCUGAGCCAGAAGCAGCAGCUAGCCCUGAGGUUGUUGCUGAGAAGUCGGUAAUGGAGAAGGAGCUACUCAGCGAAGUUCCCAAGACCAACGAAACCGGAGAGCCUGCCCCCACUAUUGCCAGCGCCACCACCACUGCUGCGGAGGACGUACCCUCUGUUGUCGCUGAGAGCCAGACCGCAGCCCACGCUGCGCCAGAGGCGGCCGCCAGCCCUGAGGCUGUUGCUGAGAAGUCGGCUAUGGAGCAGGAACUACUCAGCGAGGUUCCCAAGACAACCGAGACAGGUCUCCCUGCCCCGGCUAUUGCCAUCCCAGCUGUCGUUUCCGAGAGCCAGAAAGAGGCACAUGCAAGCCCAGAAGCAGCAUCCAGCCCCGAGGUUGUCGCAGAGAAGACCGCUAUGGAGUCUGAGCUAUUGCGCGAGGUUCCUAAGACCAAUGAAUCUGGUGAGCCAGCACCCGCUGUCUCCGCUGCCACAGCUACCACCGCUCCUGUAGCUCAAUCAGAGACUGUUUCUCGCGAUGUACCCGAGGUUGUCGCUGAUAGCCAACACGAGGCGCAUGUUAGCCCCGAGGCUGCUGCUAACAGCGAGGCUGUUGCUGAGAAGUCAGCCGUAGAAUCUGAGCUACUUGAAAAGCUUCCAAGAUCCGAUGAAGCGGGUGAGCCAGCUCCAGUACUGACUGCUGCGACUACCGCGACUGCACCUGUCGCUGCUGCUGCUGCUGCCGCCACUGCAAUUCCAUCUGGCACAGCCACUGAGUCUGUCAAUGAAGCCGUCGCUCGUGAGGUCCCCAACGUUGUCGCCGAGAGCCAAAGGGAAGCCCAUGCCAGUCCUGAGGCCGCCACCAACGCUGAGGCAGUUAGCGAGAAGCGUGCUAUGGAGACUGAACUUCUUAACGAAGUAAAGUCGACUGACGCUACUGGCGAGCCCGCUCCCAGCGCUGCUGCCGGCCUCUCUGAUGAGGCUCUUGUUGACUCCAAGCCACUCAAGUCUUCUAGCGAGCCUAAUGCUCUCAACGCGCCCGCAUCCGAGCCUGCUCAACCACCGAACGCUAAGCCCAUCGAUUCCAGCACCGACGUUGCAUUCAACAAGCAAGCGCCAACUACCACCGAGCAGACCCAGCCAACCGUCACCACCGGUGUAGAAACAAGCAAGACUGAGGCUACGAGCUCCGCCCCAGCUGCACAGCUGGCACCAGAAUCUCCUGCCAAGAACCUCAGGAAAGACUCAGACGUAUCUCCCAAGGGCACACCUGGUAGCCAGAGCAUCGCUUCUGGUGCCGAUGACAAGAAGAAGAAGCGUCGCUCUUUCUUCGGCAAGAUCAAGGACAAGCUUUCCAGCAAGGACAAGCACUAG